GUUCCUGUAAACAGCUUAAUAAUUGUCACAAAGGUCAUACAGACUCUGACAUAUAAGCAAAGACAGGAUAAUAUGGGCUUGCAACAGUAUUCAAACAUAAGAGAUAUAUAACAUAAGCACAACGUAGAUACUGAAAACUUUAUUACAUAAAACUUACAGUGGUCCAGAUUCGAGGUAGGCUCUGAUACCAAAUCUUUAGUUUGCAUGCCUUUGAGAGAACUGAUCCUUUGGAAGAUUAUGCUCAGCUCUCAAAAGAUAUAGCACGCUACUGCAACGGAUUGCCCUUAGCCCUUGAAGUUUUGGGUUCAUGUCUGAGAGAGUUUAAAAGCAUAGCUGAAUGGGAAAAUACAGUGGAGAAAUUGAGAAAAAACCCUCAUGCUAAAAUUCAAAAGAAGCUUAAAAUCAGCUUUGAUGCAUUGGAUGAUUAUGAAAAAAAGAUAUUCCUUGAUAUUGCUUGUUUCUUUAUUGGAAUGGGUAAAUACUACGUCACAAAAAUACUAGAUGGCUGUGGUUUUUACGCAACAAGCGGUAUUGGUGUCCUCACUCGUAGGUGCCUUUUAACAAUAAACAAAGGUGAGCUUAUGAUGCAUGAUCUGAUUAGAGACAUGGGAAGGGAAAUUGUUUGCCAAGAAUCUGUUCACAAUCCUGGACAACAUAGCAGAUUGUGGCAUUGGGAAGAUGCUCUUGAUGUUCUAACAAAUUGUACGGGAACAGAUCAAAUCGAAGGCCUUGCCUUAAAUAUGGAUGGACCAAAUAAAGUUGUUUUGAGUGCUAUAGCAUUUGCGGGGAUGCACAAUCUAAGAUUGCUACAACUAAAUAAUGUAAGAUUGUCACUGGAGGCUAUGAACAUCUUUCUAAAAAUUUGAGAUGGUUAUAUUGGCAUAGAUUCCCUCUGAAUUCUAUACCAAUUAAUUUCAAUCAACAGAAAUUAAUUGUCAUUGACAUGCAACAUAGCAACCUGAGACAAGUUUGGAAGGAUAACAAGGUUUUUGACAAGUUGAAAAUCCUUAAUCUAAGUCAUUCCCACCUCCUAACCAGAAUCACUACCGACUUCUCAACACUCCCAAACCUUGAGAAAAUGGUACUGAAAGAUUGUAGAAGUUUGAAAGUGAUUGACGAAUCCAUUGGAAGUCUAGAUAAACUCUGUUCCCUAAACCUGAAAGAUUGUGCAAACCUCAGGAAUCUUCCAAGGAGCAUCUGUAUGUUGAAAUCUCUUAAAUUUCUUCGGAUAUCUGGAUGUUUGAAAUUUGACGAAUUGCCAGAGGAGAUUGGGGAAAUGGAAUCGUUAGUGGUGAUUUCUGCUUCUGGAACUGCAAUAAGACAAGUACCAGUUUCAAUGGUGCGUUUAAAGAAGCUUCGGUAUUUGUCUCUAUGUGGCAGUACACGAUCACCAUCCAUGUCAUUGCUUUCACUCUUUUCAUCAUGGGUCUCGGCAAAAAAAUAACCAGAUUGGACCUCGAUAAUGUACCAGCAGUUCCAAACGACGUUGGGAGUCUAUCUUCGUUAAAACAUUUGUAUUUAGCUGAUGACGAUUUUUACAGUCUACCAGCUAGCAUCAAGAAACUUUGUAAGCUUAAAAGCCUCUUUUUGAACCGUUGUAGAAAUCUUGGAUCACUUCCAGAGCUUCCAUCAAGUUUGACCAUUCUACUUGCUCCAGAUUCAUCAUUGGAAAGAUUGUCGGAUCUAUCAAACUUCUCACACCCCCCAUUGAUGUGUCUAUGCAAUUGCAGCAAACUAGUCCAGUUCCCUUGCACGGAAAGUGUCCUACAGAUAUGGUAUGGAAGAUAUGGGGGUAAUGAAUGCGAUGACAUUUUAUUCACCUGGUCUGAAAUUCCUGAUUGGUUCAGUAGUCAGAGGAGGGGUAAUGUAUUGUCAAUUCAAGUGCCUCAAGGUAUGAGUAUGAUGAAAGGCUUCGUUUUAUGUGUUAUAUUUGCAGCACAUGAAUUUGAAAUCAGAACCAGCGCGGCAACAGAAUAUACUGUUUAUGUUACUAAUGUAACCAAGGAUUUUCGUGCUACAUGUAUCCGUUAUCCAGUUUAUGCUGCAUUCCCAACCCUGCAUGACCACCUAUCAUUGGGAUAUGUACCCCUUGGAGAAUUUGAGGUGGAUAGUGGAGAUGAAGUGGAAAUUGAAAUAGAUACUGGUUGUGGGCUUAUUGUGAAGAAAUGUGGAGUCAUCCCGGUGUAUUUUGAAGCUAAGAAGUGUACCAAAAUGGACACUGACGAAGAAGAAGUGAAUGAGUUCAAUUCUUCAUCUGGUAAUGAUUGUGUCAUGGUUGUCCAUGAAGAACACCUAUGUGAAGAGCAAAAGGGUAAGAGAAGACUCGACGACAAUGAUGAUGAUGACAAUGUGGGGGAGAAAGGUAAAAGAAAACGCGAUGACAAUGAUGAUGAUGAUGAUGAGGCAGGAUUCAGCCAUGCGAGAGAGAAGGGUAAAAGAAAAUGUAAUGAUGCAGCAGCAGGAACAAGCCAUUACUGGUCUUAUGAGGAGCACACUCUUUCCACAUAUGAGAUGGUGGUUGUUCCUCAAUAAACACAUCGAAGGAGAUUGCAGUGUUGGAGAGAAAUUUUUGGACGUGAUGAUUAAAGUUGUUGUUUGUGUUAGAUUGCUUGAUGUAUGUACUGAAUAUGCAUGUAUUAUCACAUUACUAGAACUCCUAUAUGGUUUCCAUGUGAUAGGUCAGCAUUUGAAGAUUGAUUUUGUUAGAUCCAAAAUGUCAUUGUUGCCGGAACAUUUAAUUGGAUAAUUUUUUUUGUUGAGUCCAUAUUGUUGGGACACUUUUCAUCAGUUAAAUUGUCAUAGUCAUGAUAG